ACUUGGUGGAAAUUCAUUUAAUUCAUAUUGAAUUCGACUAAAUCGAGUUAGUUAGAUUUACUUGUAUUCGAUAUCAAGAAAUAUAAAAAGUGGGUUUUUAUAUCACACAGUUUUGUAAUCUUAAUUUCUCCAUCCUGACUUCCUUUUUUCCUGUCUUCCGAAACCUAAAGUGAUGCAACAUAAUUUAUUAUACAACUAUUUGAUUGUUGUUCACUCUGGAAAAGUUCGAAUUUAAAGUUAACGAAUACGCUUGUUGUGAAACAAAGUGGUUAAAUCUAUGACAAUAUGUUUCUAUAAUCUUUGCAUAGGAGAAACUCUUUCGUUUAUACAAAAACUUUCAGCUUUUCAGUGACAACAAAAAAGUCUAUAAGGUGUUUUAAAGUUGAAAUAUGUAUUAUGCUAAAUGGGUCAUAUAUUUCCUCAUUCUCAUGCUGUACUUCUGGGAACCAGUAAAAAAUAAUGAAUUGGUAUCACUGAUAAGCAAUGGAAAAAACGAUUACUGCAUAACAAAUAGUACUUCUGCAAUGUAUUUCAAUAGUGGUCAUAAUAAAGGGGAAACAGAAGUGACUACCUUCCUUCCUCCUCAUGGAUAUGAUUGUGACUUUGAAGAUAACAAAAAUAAACGUUGUAGAGACCACUUCAAGAAAUAUCCUUGGAUCUUGUCGAAUUCGAUAUCCAAUGAGGGCACAUUACUCCUGGAUUAUCGGUGGGAAGGUUUACAAGAACAAAAUCUCACUGAUAAGGUUUCAUCAUUUGUCACAUUACUGAAACUGGAAGAAAUGCAGGAUUUCAGGAUACCGAUUUCGUUUAUGGGUCAGGAAGCCCAUUUACUCUUAUGUGAUCAAAACAACCUUCAUGUAGCAAACUGCUAUUGGUUCAAAAUCCACAGGCUGAACAAGGUGUAUGUCGAACUGAGGAAAUGUAAAACUGGUGAAGUAACUAGAAAAAAUUGCACUUUAGAAAAAGAACUACCGGCUAAACUUCCAUAUACGAAUGAUGAAAAAUGGAAUCAUUUAAUUAUCGAAAAAAAGUCGAAAAAUUUGUCGCUGCAGUUUCAUGAAGAAGGAAAUGAUACCACCAUAAAUUAUUUCGAGAGAGAUCCUAAAAUGUUUGAAUUGAAUUAUCUUAUUGGACAUCGCGAAGAAAGCAAUAUAUAUUACAAAGUACAUGAAAAUCGGUAUAUGCGAAGUCAAAAUGCAUCUGAAAUUAUUGUGGAAAAUCCGUUCCGCCAAGAAGAGUUAUGUAUUUCUAUCUUCUUGAAUACAUGUUCGGAUUGUCAAACUAUAGUGAUAUUUAUGAAUGAAAAUAAAAAUAUGGAUUUAUGGACACAGAGUAUUCCACCUACCAAUGGUGCUUGGGUGGAACAUAAGAUCUUUAUGUUGAAAAAAACCACUGAAGUAUUUAUUUACGUUAAAUUGAAAACAUAUGUGGGUUCAGGGCCAACUGGAGGAGAAUUCUGGUCAUUCGAUAAUUUCCGACAGUGUCAUAGAGAAGAAUAUCGAAUAACUCAAAAAACCAUUGGAAGAAAAAUUACGGAAUGUGGUUUGAUUGCUAAUGGUAGAGGAGUGAUCAAAUAUGAAAAAGAUAACAACUGCUCCUCUACGGGUAGAGGAAACUCAAAAAUUCGAUGCAAACUAUUGGAAAAUCAGUUUUCUGAAUGUGGUGAUAUAAAAAUAUAUGAGGAAAUCAAUGUUCCUUCUCAGGUGAAGGAUUUACAUAUGGAAUCAUCAACCGCCCACUCUUUGAAACUAUUUUGGAGAAGUCCUGAUUGUCCAUUUGUUAAGGUUGGACAAUAUAAGGUAGAGUACGAGAAAAUUGAAAGAAUUGCCUGUAAGACGAAGACCAAGAAUCCACAAAAGUCGAUAGAAACCUUUACUGAACAUAAUAGCAUUGAACUGAAGAAUUUGGAACCUUACUCUGAAUAUCGGGUGACAGUGUACGCCCUCAACGGUCCGCAUAUCGGCAAAGGUUUAGUGGAAUAUUACCAAACUAAGGAACUAGAUUAUUUCGACGAUUCCGAAGGCUUAGAACAAAUAAUCAUAACAAAUAAAACAUUAGAAAGAUCAGCUUACCUGACAUUUUCACAUAUCAAAUGUGAGAAACUUCAUGGACCCUUGAAAUUCAAAGUGAAAUUUCGAUGCAUAAGCGAAUGGUGUUUGCAAACUGAAGAACGUAAUGAAACUUCAACAUUCUUGAUUGGAACCCUGUAUUUGGGGACGUUGCAACCCUUUUGUAAAUACAAAUCUGAAAUAUACUUUUGUAGACACGAGGAAUGUAAAGUACAAGAAAAAAAGAUGUUUGAAACGAAACCAUCAGUUCCUGAUAAACUGAAGGAGAUUGUUGUAAUACCAAAUGGAGAUGGUUUCAUUUGGAUACGUUGGCUUCCACCUUAUCCUCCUACAGGAGAGAUUUCUUCUUAUAAAAUAAAAAUAUCUGCGCCUCGGAUUAUAAGUGGAACAUAUGAAAGAAAACCUGAGAAAUGUUUAUUAUGGCCAGAGUAUCACUGUUACAUAAUUGAAGGAAAACAAAUCUAUGAUAGAAAUAUUACAGUAGUGAUUGAAGCUGAAAUUAGGGGACUGGAUGGAUAUUUCAACAUUGGUGAACAGGAAGGUAUUUUGGUGAAAGAGGGACCUUCAGAAAAACCGAACAAUUUGAUGGCAAUUUGGAAAAGGAACAAUACAAUGGAAUUAUUUUGGAAUCAUCCGAACAAAACGAAUGGAAUAUUACAAUAUUUCUCAAUAAAAUUGAACAGUGGUACUGAGUAUAAGUUCAUAGCAAACUAUACUCCAAAGAGCUGGAAUUUGACUUACAACUAUACGAUAGAAAACAUCCCUCAGGCUGUUGAUUUAAACAUUGAGAUAAUUGCAGUCAACAAUAAAUUUCAAGGUGCUCCUGCAGUAUUGGUAGACAGUUCUUACCCGCCAAGUCCAGAAUUGGAGAAUUCUACAAUUUUAGUGACGAAUCAUACAAAGAAAACCUUGAGCAUAGCUUUGUCUACAAACCAAACUGAAGCCAGUGAUUCAAAUGUUGAGAAAUAUGUGUUAAUUAUUAUCGAUGACCAAGCUUCAAAGACAAAAGAUCAAAAUCUAGAGAAACUUGAGAAAAUAUUGAAUACAACAUUAGAAUCAAGAUCUGGUCUCAGAAUUGUGGCAGCCUUAGAUGUAACAAAAAUACCAUCGAAUAUUCUGAAUUUUACAAUUGGAAAUGGAAAUGUGAUGAAGAAUAAUUCAAUUCUGCAAGUUGACAUCAUCAAUGAACCUUUGAAAGAAGCAGAAUAUGGUGUAGUCGUUAUUAUGCUGAAUAAGUAUAAGACGAAAUAUCGAUAUUCAAUAUACAAUAUUACAACUUCGACCGUUGGUGACCCGAAAAUGACUCCUUUCCCCACCAUUUCAGAAAAAAAAAGUGGAGAAGAAAAUUCAUCUGGAGGAAAUGCCUUGUAUGCCUUGUUAUUGCUUCUGCUUCUCAUUCCCAUAACAAUAGGUAUCCUUAUGAAGUGGAGGAAUAAAUUUUUCGAUAAAUCAACGAUGUCCAUGGAAAACAUUUUGGAUAACGCUUUUGAAAGUUCGUCCGCCAUUCAGAAUGAUGAUGAAUCUUUUCCUAUUUCGGAAAAUAUAGAGAUGGUUGAUAGUCCUGAUAUGAGAAAAAACACAAAAUUACUGAUAGAAAAAUCAACCAAUUCACCGAACUGUUCCUCUGACUUAUACUCGAGACCAGUAACACUAGCGGACUUGGAAGAAUACGUGAAGACAUCAAUAAAAAACGGAGAACUAGAGAGACAACAUGCGCUCUUUCUUAGAGAUUCACCAAGACCUUCGGAAUACGGUUCCAACAAAAUUAAUAAGUCUAAAAAUCGCUAUAAGAACCUUGUUGCAUUUGAUCAUUCGAGGGUUAUAUUAGAGAAAAUAAAUGAAGAUGAAUACUCAGAUUACAUCAAUGCUAACUAUAUUCAUGGUUAUAAUAUGCAGGGAGCAUAUAUAGCAACUCAAGGACCAAAAUCAAACACACUCCUGGAUUUCUGGAGAAUGAUAUGGCAAGAAAAUGUAAAAUAUAUAAUAAUGCUCGCGAAUAUAUACGAAGAUAGAAAGAAAAAAGUCGAGAAGUAUUGGCCCAACAUAAAUGAAAUGUUCACUUUUCAAGAUAUAAGUGUGCAAUUGGAAGCUAUUGAAUUAUUCUCUCACUACGAGUGCAGAAAUCUACAUGUGACGAAAGCAGGCGAAACAAGAAAGAUUGAACAACUCCAUUUCACAAGUUGGCCUGAUAAUGGGGUUCCACUAUAUACUGAUAGUUUGACAGCAUUUCUUCGAAAAGUUUUGAAGAUUCCACUGUCCUCGUCCUCGCCAGUCGUUGUACAUUGCAGUGCUGGGGUUGGCAGAACAGGCACAAUACUGUUAGCAGACAUUACUUUGAGAAUGGCUGCUGGAAAGGGAGUUGUGAAUAUAUUGAGCAAUCUUCGAAAUCUCAGAGAUCAGAGGGCAAAUAUGGUCGACAACAUUGAGCAAUACAAAUUGGCACAUUUGAUUGUCUUAGAAUGCUUGAUGGGACCCCGAACCAGCAUACCAUGCAACGACUUGAACAGAAAAGUGGAAAAACUAAUAAGGAAUGGACAAUACAAAGUUCAAAUGAACUUUCUUAAGGAUUCAGAAUGGCAAGAUCAGGCAAUGAGGACUAUAGCAGUUGAUGAUAAGUUAUUAACCAACUAUCCAGAGAAAAAUAGAAUUCAAGAAAUAAUUCCAGAACAUCACGGACGAAUUAUCCUCUCCAAAUAUCCAGAAGAGGACGAGACAUCUUCCUACAUAAACGCAGUCUACGUAGAUGGCUUUAGAUGUCCUGGUCGUUUCUUUGUAACUCAACAACCCAUGCCCAACACUUUAGGAGAUUUUUGGAGAUUAGUAACCGAGAAGAAAGUUAAGGUUAUAUUGUCUCUGAACGCAGUUGAUUUGCAGAAUACGACGUGUUGUAAAUUUUGGCCAACAGUUGAUGACCCUGAACUUCGACCCAUCGAUUAUUUAGUGGUUAAAUUCGUCGAUGUCAUGGAAUUAGAGUGUUACGAUCAGUUUUCUCUGAACGUAUGGAUAAGAAACAAAGUACAGACGGAAAAGCUUGAAGUUGUACUUGUUGCCUUCAAAUCUUGGCCUUCGAAUGCCAUGCUUCAUAACUGUUGUGAAGAGCUGUUAUCGUUCUACGAAGAAGCAUACACUAUUUCCAGAGGUUUUUCAAACAUACUAGUGACAUGCUUCGACGGGGUGACUGCAUCUGGUGUAUAUGUUGCUAUGUCUUUCAUAAUAGAGCAAAUGAAACUGGAACACGAAUGUGAUGUCUGCCUUGCUGUGAGGACUAUCCGUCACAACCGAAAACAAUUUAUAACUGAUGAGAACCAGUUCCUAUUCCUCUACGAGUGUGCUGUCAAAUUUAUGAAUGGAUUCAAAAUUGAGAAUAGCAGAUAGAAAGCUUCAUGAUCUCCGAGAUCCUCUCUCAAUUAUUAACAAUAAAUGUCAAAUAAUAAAAGCCCAGGCUAAAUAAUUAGUUAUGAAACAAAUAAAAGUGAAUGUUCAAUGUAUCGUCAACAGAAUAAAGAGUAUUUGAUUUUU